AUGAAAUUUGUGUGGUUCGUCGCUAAUUUAUUUUAUCUUAUCAUCUUAUCAAAAGAAAAAUGUCGAAAUAUACGUCCACAUAGCCUAUUAAAUGCUCAAAUAACGGUACCACGUAGAUCUUGUUUAAUCUGUGGUUGCAAGGAAGGAACAGUAAUAAAAAUUACUUGCAAUGAAUGGUACUAUUUUGAAAAUCAAGAUUAUGCUGAUGGUCAAGCCUUGAUUUGUUAUCGAAAUCAAUGGAUCAAUAAGCGGCAUGUAGCUGAGAGUCCAGCCAAAUGCAUUCGAGGAUGUAAAGUGUUGAAUGAUAACGACAUGAAGAAUGCAACUUAUAGUUUCGGAUUCGCUUUUCCACCAUGGCGACAGAAAAAUGAGGAUGACUUCACAUGUUUAGGCGGCAAUAUUGGAUGGAAACGAGCGAUUGGCUCAGUUCUUAAACAGGGUGGUGACGAUGGAAGACCUGGACUUUGUAAUCCCUUAUGCCUAGCACUAGAUCCAAUCAAUGAUUUUGCUGCAUUCACUAUUGUUGAAAAUCAACCAAGUGAAGAUGCAAUAGUAACAAUGAACGGCAAAAAAUAUAUUUAUGAUGGCUAUAUAUAUUCUUUCCGUUGCGAGAAAGGUACAAUGUACGACAAAAAUGGCCCUCAUCAUGCAAAACAGCGACAGCAAUUAGUAUGUAUAGGCGGAGAAGCAGGAUAUCAAGAUCUAGCGACAGUUGUAACGAAUGUCGAUAAGAAAUGCAGAUCGUUGAAUUCAAAUUCGAUUGCUAAAGGAUGUCAUGCAACUAUUGUUUGCGGAGAAUUUCAUUAUUUUGAUAAUAAAGAUUAUGGAAAUGGAAUGAAAUUAAUUUGCACUGAUAAUGGUUGGGUUGAUCAAAGUGGAAAACCAUACGAUAAGGAUAAACCGCAUAAAAAUGGUGAUAAAACCUAUUGGUCUAAUGGAGUAAAAGUAACAACAAAAUGUAAGAAAGGAUUUGUAAGAUUGGACCCAUCUGAACGAGACGAACCGAACUCCUUUAUUUGUAUAGGAGGAAGCGACGGUUGGCGCAAUAGUAAGACUGGAAAAAAUGAUGUGCAUCCAGCAAGUUGUGAGCCUGUAUGCAGUCAAAUAACUAAAUUGCCACAAGGAACUCGAAUCAAAAGAGAACCAAAAGAUACAGUUAUAUUCGAUGGAAUUGAAUAUAUUUACCCUCAGGCUAUGUAUGUUUAUGAAUGCGAAGACGGUUAUGAAUAUCCGGAAAAUUCACCUUAUGCAAGAAGUAAACAACAAACAAUUUUUUGUGCUGGCGGAUUGGCCGGAUAUAAGGACAUGGAUUCCGGAGAAUUGAAUGCUGAGCCAUUUCCUUGUCAAGUGAAAGGUGCUAAAGGAUGUGAUCCGAUUACUACGAUGACAACUCCUAAUGCCUUUAUUAAUGAAAAUAAAUGCGAACUGGAAAAAGGAAAAGUACCAAAGGGUUGUCAAGUAACAAUUGAAUGUAAAGAAGGAUAUCAUCUAUUUAAUGAAAAUAACAAGCCGAUUAUUGCAAAACAGCAAAUUUUAUUAUGUGAAGCUGGAAAGAAUGGAUGGGUAGAUAAGAAUAACAAAAAAAAGAAUGCCACUACAAUGAAAUGCUUACCAGUUUGUAAGCUUCCGAAAGAACUAAAAAAUGCUAUAAUUGUUGCAAAACCGGAUCAAAGUGAUUUGGUUGGUGAUGGUACUUUAGUUAGAGAAGGUGGUCAAAUGAUAGUCAAAUGCAAAGCUACGUAUGUCAUGCCCACUGAAUCAGAACGCGAAAAAGUAGAAGUCGCGCUAGAAUGUAUUGGCGGACCGAGCAAAUGGAAAAAUAAAGUAACUGGGAUGAGUGGUGAAGAACCUGGAAAAUGCCUCGGUACUUGUAUAGCUAUAACCGAUCCACCUAAGGGAGUCGCAAUCAUUAUGUCACCAAGUGCCUUUUAUCACGAAGGAAAAAUGGUUAUAAUCGAAAAUCAACAAUAUAUCUUCAAAUGCAAUAAGGGUUAUCAAUAUCCAGCGAAUAAGGCUCAUAGUAAGCAAGGAAAGCAAAUUAUUGAAUGUAAAAAUGGCAAGGAUGGAUUUUAUGAUCCCGAUUCACAACAAAUCAAUGCCAAACCAGAAAAAUGCGUUAGAGGUGAAACUCCUGGAUGCAAGAAACUUGAUCCAAAAUCACCGCCUCCGAACAUGAAAAUUACUUCGCAUAAAGGUUGUAGCCUCGAUCAUGGUAAAACGGUUGUUGGUUGUAAGCUGGUUCUUGAAUGUGAAGAAGAUUACUUUACGGUUGAUGAUACUUAUAUAAUAACCGGUAAACAAGAGCUGGAAUGUGUCGAUGAUGGUACUAAAUCUGAUUGGCAAAAUAAAGAAAAAAAUCGUGUGAUGGAUUUUAUGAAAUGUCAUCCUGGAUGUGAAGUUCGCCCAAUGCCAAACACCAAAGUGAUUCAAGCACCAAAGCCAAUAAUUGUUGGAGGCAAACAAUUUUACAAAUCUGGUGCAAAAAUGAUUAUACAAUGUAAAGAAGGAACAUCACCACCUAAUGCUGAUAUAAAUGCACCAUUAAAGCCGCGAGAAUAUGAGUGCAAAGGUGGAAAGGAAAAUUGGCUUGAAAAAGAAACGAUGGUUAACGAAAAAUGGCCUGGAGAAUCAUGUUUAGGCUAUUGUGAUGCUAUAAAUCGUGCUGAAGGUUUUCGAUUUUUGCAACAACCAGCAUUGUAUGAAAUGAAUGAAAAAAAAAUUGUUCGUGAAAAUGCAAAAUAUAUAAUUGAAUGUAAAAAAGGUUAUCACUAUUCUAAAGAAAGUGCUAUUGAAAAAGAUGGCAAACAGAUUCUUAAAUGUUCAAACGAUGGCAAAUAUAAAGAUUUAACGAGGAAUAAAAUCGUAAAUGAACCUGAAAAAUGUAAAAAAGAUAUCGGACCGGGAUGCAAAGAUAUCGUACAAGAAAAUUGGGCGACCAUUAGAAAACAAUGUGGAAAAGGCGAUGAGCAAAUCGAUUCUAAUCAUUGUAGUCUCAUAAUCCGAUGUAAAGAAGGAUUUUUUCCGGAAGAUAAAGCUUAUCACAAAGAUGGAUUUCAAAAAAUUCAUUGUAAAGAUGGUAAUGAUUGGAUGGAUCAAAAUAAUAAAAUUAUUAAAGAUUCAUUAAAAUGUGCACCAGGUUGCAUACAGCCAUCGUCAUCAAACUCACCAAUUAUUAUUAAGCGAAAUUCAUCGAAUAUUGUGAAUAUAAAUAAAGAUAUCUAUAUAUUGCCUAGUGGAAAAAUCGAAGUUAUUUGUAAGGAUGGUUACGUAUGGACAGCGACAAAUAAGCGACAAGGUGAAAUUAUUGAGUGUGUCGGUGGUGAUCGAAAAUGGAAAAAUGAUGAAGAUGUUAAAAUUGAUGUAAUUGAUGAAGCUUGCACAGGAAUAUGUCCUAUUGAAAUGAAACAAAUUCCGCAAAAUGUCUUUUUAGCUAAGAAUGCGACUUUUCACGAACUUAAAGGAGAGAUGUACGUUCUCGACAAAACAGCAUUUGAGUUCCAAUGUAAAACAGGUUAUGUUUAUUUGAGUAAUCCUUAUAAGAAUACUAAGCGUCAAACUAUACGAUGCAAUGGGGAUACGAAGAAAUAUUUCGACGACGAUACUAAACAAUAUGAUUUUAAACUUGAAAAUUGUGAACGUCCGCCGAAUGCAAACGAAUGUAAAGUAAGGGAAAUUAAACAAGAUGCCGAUUCAACGGAUAUUAAAAUUAAAAACUGCAAAAAAGAUGGUGAAUUUUAUCCGACUGGUUGCAUCAUUAAAGUUCAAUGUGCUGAAGGUUAUUAUCCGAAGGACGAGCUUUAUCAAAAAUCGGUGAGCCAAGAACUUAGGUGUGGACCGAGCGGUUCUGGAUGGUUCGAUCAAUAUAAUAGGCCAAUUAAGGAACGUCUGUAUUGCAUUAAAGGUUGUAUAUCAAGGGAUGUUAAAGAAAGUCUAAUAAGCAGUGCGAAUACAACUAUUAAUACAGAAAUUACGAUAUAUAAAUUCACUGAUGGUACAAGUGUUAAAUGUACUUCAAAAGAAAAAAAAGUGGAUAUUAAUGUAAAUUUAUUACGAGAUUCGAAUAAAAUAAAUAAAUUUUAUUGUUCGGGAGAUAAGAAAAAUGAUAAAAAUAUCUCAUCGAAUAUAGAAUUUGAUAAUAAAUGUUUCAAUUCUUGUAUUGCUAUCGAAAAUAUUCCACGAAGUGUCUCAGUUUUUAAGUUUCCAAAUAUCUUUGAACAUGACGGCAAACGAUACGCACAAAAUAUGAAGCCAUAUGUAUUUAAAUGUAACGAUGGUUACGCAUAUCCAAAAGAAACAAUUCAUAAUCGAAAAGCGCGUCAGGCUUUAUCAUGUAACAGUGAAACGCAUUUCUAUGAUGAUAUUGAUACCGGUGAAAAAAAUGUUGGCGUAAAAGCUUGCGAAAAACUGAAUGGAUGCUUAAUGAUUAAACAAGAUCCUCAAGUGGAAAUUUCUCUUAAAAAUUGCAUUCAGUCUAAUGAGCUAUAUAUAGCUGGCUGCGUCAUUACUAUGACUUGCCCAAAAACACCACAACAUUAUCCAUCAGAUAAUAAAUAUUGGCAAGACGGCAUGCAAAAGCUUACUUGUUCUGCUGAUGAUGAUUCUGGAUGGAGAGAUCAAUAUGGUAACAUAAUUGAUAAGCCUUUCAAAUGCACACAAGGAUGUAUUCCUCGACCUACUAGUCCUCCAUCCACUUUAACUAAUACUAGAUCGGAAUCAAAAAUGAUGAAUAAAAUGGAAGAAAUAGAGAAAUUGGACCAUAAAUUUUUCUGUGAACCAAAAGUAGGAUCAUCAGAUGGCUUUAGAAAUAGAGCAAUAGUACCCGAUACUUGUAUAAAUGCUUGCUUUGCUAUCACAGAUAUUCCGGAUACAGUAUUCAUGGAAAAAAAACCAAAUAGGUUGUUUGACUUUAAAGGAAUAAAGGAUAUGAUCGUUGCAUUCGAUGAAAUAUAUACAUUUCGAUGCAAAGAUUCAAAUGGAUAUUUCAUGACGGAUGGAAAACCAAAACAACGCAAAUUGAAAUGUGACGGAGAAACAGGCGCAUACACCAAUGUGGAUACGGGAGAAAAAGAUGUCCAACUUGUCGGAUGCACUUCGAAUAUACACAGUGGAACUGCCACAGCAAAUCCUGCAUUCGAAAAAGUUGUUUAUGAACAUAAUGGAGCUGCUCCGGUAAAUCCUGGAUUAGGAAAAGUUGUUUAUGUACAUAAUGGAACUGCUCCGGUAAAUCCUGGAUUAGGAAAAGUUGUUUAUGUACAUAAUGGAACUGCUCCGGUUGCAGCAUUAAUUGCGUUCCAGUUUUAA